GUAAAACCAAAUGGGGCCUAUGAUGUAUUGGUAGUUUUUCUUCCCUUCUAAUAUUGAGAUUUCUUCUCCAUGGAUAUAAAUAAAGAAAUUGAUACCAUAAAACUAAAUGCUUUUCUUGGUUGCCUAGAGAAUAUUAUGUGAUUUAAUAGAUUUUUGUUUGACGGUAUUUACUAGUGGAUGUUGAGUUUAUUUGAGAGGCACAUGAUUGGGAUGUGGAGACAUUACUUUGUUCAAUGAUGUAUUGUACUCCAUGCAGUUUAGAAGGGUUGGUGAGGAUGGGCUUUGCUGGGUUCCAUCAAAGUGAGGGGAGUUUUAAGUUAGAUCAUUCUACCAAGUAUUAUCUCCUCAGGGUAUGCCCUUAAAUUGGAAGCAAAUUUGGAGAAACGAAGCUCCACUGAGAGUCACAUUUUUUGUUAGGAUGCUUUAGGAAGAUUCUUACUCUUGAUAACACUAAAAGAAACACAUUGUGGUGGUAGAUUUGUGCUGUACACGUACUUAUAAAAAAAAGAAAAAAAAUUGUGAUGUACUCAUAAAAGGAGAGGAGAAUCGGUUGGUCAUCUCUUAAUUGAUUGUUUAAUUGAUUGUGAUGAAGCUUGUGAUUUAUGGAACAUUAUUUUUGAAUCAUAUGGGCUUCGUUGAGUUAUGCUGUAUAGAGUGGUAGAUCUCUUUGGAUGUUGGAAGUGGAAGUUAUCUAGUCUUGAGAGAUACUUUAUGGAAGCUGAUCCUGCUUAUGGAGGGAAAGAAAUGCUCGGACAUUUGACUAUUGCGAGAAGAUGGAUACAGUUUUCAAAUCUCUUUUCUUUAGAACUCUAUUCCAUUGGAUGGGUAAACAAAAUGCUUAAGGCAGAAAAGUGGCACGCAACUUUUGAUAGUGAUGGAAGGGUUUUUGGUUUCCACAAAGCACUCAAGUCGAUUGUUUUGGGGGGGGUGGAUCCAUCUAUUAGGCCAGAUGUUUGGGAAUUUCUACUCGGUUGUUAUGCACUAGGAAGCACUGCUGAGUACCGAAGGCAACUGCGGACAGCCCGGAGGGAACGCUACAAGGACCUAAUUAAGGAAUGCCAAAUGAUGCAUUCAAGUAUAGGAACUGGUUCACUUGCCUAUGUUGUGGGGUCCAAAGUCAUGGAUAUGAGGACAUCCUCCAAAGAUGAAAGGAUAAGGGAAGCUAAAGUGGAAAGUAGAAAAGCUUCUAUUGACACCACUAAUAAUUUAGAAAAUCAUCGUGAUUGGAAUUGUAAUUGUACAGAUACAUCAUAUGCAUGUCAAAGAGAAAGCUCUAGCAAUUCAGCCGACCUUGUCAGUGUGAGGGGAAGCACGGAUAGUGGAGCAUAUGACUCUUCUUGUUAUAUACCUAUUUCUGGUCCAUACAACUGCAGUUCUCCAAGAGAAGGGAGAGAAGCAGAUGGAUUGCAGUAUGUGCCUGAAGAUUGUUUCAUUUUUCCUCCUUUACCUGUCACUGAUUUAUUUGAGAAGAGUGGAGAAAAUAAAACAUCAUGCAAGUUGCAUGAUGAUAAUAUUUCUAGUAAACAUAAUCUGAGAUUUGAGGAUGACAGAAUGCACAGUUUUCAAAUUAACAACAAUGAAGAUUUAAUUAUAGAAUCAAACGGCUCGCCAUCUAGCAAUGCCUUGCAUACUAUAGACUCUGAAAUUGAAAUGCUCCAUCAUGAUGCCCAUGAAUCAAUAUUGUUGUCCAAUAAUAUGCUGAAUGAAACCGAAAUAGCAAAUCGGUUGAGAAUAUCAGAUGUACCACAAACAGUAGCGAUAACUUCGACAACAUCUCAAGGACGGCCUGCCAGCGAGGACAGAGUAUCGGAAUGGCUUUGGACUCUACACCGAAUAGUUGUUGACGUUGUAAGAACAGAUAGUCAUCUUGAAUUCUACGAGGAUACAAGAAACUUAGCUAGGAUGUCGGAUAUUCUUGCUGUUUAUGCUUGGGUUGAUCCUGCAACUGGUUAUUGUCAAGGUAUGAGUGACUUGCUGUCUCCUUUUGUUGUCCUCUUCGAGGAUAAUGCCGAUGCUUUUUGGUGCUUUGAGAUGCUUUUGAGGAGAAUGCGUGAAAAUUUUCAGAUGGAUGGACCAACUGGAGUGAUGAAGCAGUUGCAAGCACUGUGGCAUAUUGUAGAACUCACAGACAAGGAAAUGUUUGCGCAUUUGUCCCAUAUAGGUGCUGAAAGCCUUCAUUUUGCAUUCCGGAUGCUGCUGGUACUCUUUCGUCGGGAGUUAUCUUUUAAUGAGGCUCUUUCUAUGUGGGAGAUGAUAUGGGCAGCUGACUUUGAUGAAUCAAUGGCCUACAAUUUAGAGGAGAACUGUCUUGAAGCCUUGGUAGUGCAGCUUCCUAGGGAUUCUGGACUAGAAAUGAGAGAAAAAAUUAGCGAAAAUGGUAAUUGUACCAUGAAGGGUGGUGGCUCGCCAUCAAAUUACGGAAAUGUAGACCACUCCAUGCCACACAACAUUGGAGCGAAAUCAAUAUCAUCCCGUCCUUUUUGUGGCUUGACGAGGAAUUUCUGGUCAAAGAAUGAUCGUUUCCAAAUAUAUACUGUGGUCUCUUCAACUAGGACUGGGCAUAAUGAGUUACCAGUUUUCUGUGUGGCGGCAAUUCUUAUUAUGAACCGUCAGAAAAUCAUCAGAGAAACCCAUUCAUUUGAUGAUAUGAUAAAGAUUUUCAAUGAUAAAAUGCUGAUAAUCCAUGUCAAAAGAUGUAUAUGCACAGCAAUAAAACUCAGAAAGAAGUAUCUCUACAAGAUAAUCAAGAUAAAGAGUCCUGAAGCUCGUAAUGAGGACUAGGAUUUUUCCAUCUUGCAAAUGGGCAAGUACUGCCAUGGCAAAGGCACAGAAAUGGCACUGUUGAGUUGUAUUUACAGAUUGGGAUUUUGGAGUAGGUGUGAAAAAUGCUGUUAUUUGGUGUAGAAGGGAAGAUUUCAAAGCAGAAGCGCUUUUGCAUUUAAGAUUCACCCAGCUGUUCAUACCUCCAUAUGUCAUCUUUUGCAAGAAGCCAAUGGAAUGAUUGGAAGUGGGAAGAAGUUCCUUUGUUGAUGCACCCCAGAUCCGAUCGUUUUGCUACCAUGGAUCUCACAGGUUAGGUGAACACAAUCAUUAUUUGUGUUUUUCUUUUUCUUUUUUAACUUUUAAAAUUUUAUUGUAGUACACAGUUGGGCAUGCAUCAACAAUUUUGACUGUUCUGAGAAUUUUGAUUUUUUUUUUGGGAAGGAUGAGAGAA